AUGCGCUUUGUGGCGCAUGCGCAGAGAGUAACAACAGGAUCAGUGCAUGAUCUCCACAAUGGACCAAUCCUCGGCUACUCGCAUACUGAUCAUCGUUACUGCUGUAAAAGUCCAGCACAAGGACAUGUACAGGCUGCUACUUUGGAUGCUUUUCUUCACCUGUCUCAGACAGACCUCAGUGGGAAGGUCUUUGUGUUCCCUGUAGAAUCUUCUACUGCUCAUGUGGACAUUAUCAAAAACCUGAAGAAACCUCUACAGAACUUCACCUUGUGUCUUCGAGCCUACAGCGACCUUUCCCGUGGCUACAGCCUCUUCUCCUGUAAUGCACAGGGCAAAGAUAAUGAGCUGCUCCUUUAUAAAGAAAAACGUGGAGAGUACAGCCUGCAUGUUGGUGAUCCAGUCACAGUCAAAGUCAAUGAAGAAUUCCCAGCCCCAGUGCACAUCUGUGUCAGCUGGGAGUCUUCCUCAGGCAUUGUUGAAUUUUGGGUCAAUGAGAAGCCUUUGGUGAAAAAGGGUCUGAAGAAAGGUUACUCUAUUGAUGCUUAGCCCAAGAUAGUCCUAGGACAGGAGCAAGAGUCCUUCGGGGGUGGGUUUGAUAGGAGCCAGUCCUUUGUGGGAGAGAUCAGGGAUGUGUACAUGUGGGAUUCGGUGCAGUCCCCAGAGGACAUCUUCUUUACAUAUAGCAGUUCUGCCGUCAAUCCUAAUAUCCUUGACUGGCAGGCCCUGAACUUUGAAAUGAAUGGCUAUGUUGUCAUCAAACCCCUGGUGUGGGUUUGAGGUCUUGAAUUAAUAAGAGCACUUGAAAACGAAAUGAUUGACAUCUACAGAUUUGCCCUGAACAGCUAGAUGCUGUUAGCUCUCUCUGCUGUGAAUUUCUUAUCUACCUGUCUGCCUACUAAAACAGUAUCACUUUAUUUCACCUGCAAUUGUUUAGUAUGUGAAUACUUUUUCUCAUAUCUCCUUAUUUGGUAACUGGUAUUUCAUUAUCCAGAAAAAAAAAGGUUAUGCAUUAUAGACAGGGAAAACUUUAACUAGAAUAAUAUCACAAAGUCAGGGCACUCUAAAUGACUCAGCAGCAACUAAAAAUUAUUUUAAUAACAACUCAAAAGACAUGUCAAAUUGCAAUAGAAAUUUUUCUAUUUGCUUUUCAAGCUACAAAUCAAUCAUAAGGCAUUCUGAAUUUGCUCCAGGGAGACAACUAUGAGAUAAGUAAGCAAUAGUUGAGAAUCUGACAGUGAGUGAUCAGACAAGGGGAGAAAACUCUACAAAAAUUAGUAAUGAAAACUAAAAACAUACAAGGCUGUGAUAAUUUUGAAGAAGAACCAACAUGCCUCUAUGUCUUAAAAAUGCCUCUUGCAAGGAAACCAUCAUGCAAAAUAUAACUUCAAUAACCCAUUCCAUACUGGGUUUUUUUUUUUUCUGGCUGCAUCCCAUGUGUUUUGAUGGUUUUUUAUUUCAGUUUUUUUUAUUCCAAAUACUUUCUUUCCUCUUGUCAAAUUCAUCGCUGGCUCAUGGAUUACAAGGUGGCAUCAUUUUACCCAAGAGACUUUUGUGUUUUCUUUUUGUCACCCAUGCGUUGGUUACUCAGUGGUGCGUUUUUUCAUGGUGCUGUAAUUUUGUUGUUGUUGUUGUUGUU